UAGGAGGCGCGGCGCUACAUUCGCGGAAGGGUACGGCGUUGCUAAGCUGCGCGUUGCCCAUGGGAGUGGGACAUGCUGGUGUAGGGGGGACAGUGAGCGGCGCUGGAUGGAGAAGCGGAAGAUGGAGUGCUCGGCUCUACCACCGGGUUGGAAGAAGGAGGAGGUGAUUAGGAAUCCCGGUGUGAGCCAUGUCUACUAAUUCAGGUAGAUUGCACCCAGGAGGCUGAUGUGAGUGUAGGAAGAUGGCCGGAUCUACAUCCCCAGACUCCUCUCUAUCCAUCUCCUCUCUCCUGGCCAGCUGUAGACUGGAGAACACCAAGGGGUCGUCGAGUUUCUCCAGCUCUGUGGAAUACAAGGAGAAGCUGUAUGACUCGGCUACACAAGCAUUGGAGGACUAUAUUGAGGACUUUGAAGAAAGCCUGAGGUCUCCUUUGGCCAGUACAGGAAAGAUCCACAUCCAUUCCACGGCUGCACUUGGUUCUCCUAAGACAAAAGGUGCAGCUGAUAGAAAUUUCCGCCCUAAGCAUUUAUCUAGAAGACGAUCUGUUGCCCGUGAUCCAGAUCUAUUGAGCCUCACCACUGAUGAUCUCUUGGGCUUCCCCUCCGAUGGGUCUCUACCAUUUUCUCAAGUCUCACAUUGGAAACAAUGUGAAAAAAGCCGGAAUAAUUACUACGGACCUUCCCUCCCGAGCCGCACUUCUCCUCUAAGGUCCUCGUUAAACACGCGGCCUCACCGUUACUCUUUACGUCACGAUUCCCAGACUUUGGAUCUUCAGAGGCUUGGAGAGGACGUCAAAGAAAACAAAACCAACGUUCUCCGUGAAAUGGAGAGAGAAAACCGCCCUGCUUAUUACAACAACCUGAACUCUCCAUAUUUGUCCAGAGGAUCUGAAGUACUGAAAAGUUAUCCAAGAUGGCUGACUAGUCAGAAAUCGGAACUAAGCGUGUCGGGAAUCACCAGUAUUCCAGAUGUGAAGUAUCCCCUCUGGAUAAAAGACUACGGUCUUCUUCUAGGAGAUUCCCAGAGCGCCGUCGCCAAGAACACGUAUUCAAAGGCUUCCGCUAAUGAGACCUUUGUACACGGCUCCUCGCCUUUAGGUUCCUUACGAUCUUUGUUUCAUGAUCGACAUGGCAAAGAAGCGGUUAAUGUCACCAGCGCCAGUAGGAAAUUCUAUUCGGGACUUUCUGAUUUGGAUGUUCGAAAAAAUUUGCAUUCGCCUCCUAAAAAUCACCCCGCUGAUUCACCUUUGUGGAAAUCACAAGCCUUUGAGUCCCCACUGAAGGGAUUUCCUGACCCCCCAGAGAAUAAUGGAAGCCCCCGAACCGAAGAUGUGCUGGAGGCGGAGAGAUCCUGGGAGAAAAUCCCAUAUUCAUUCAAAUCUCCAGUCACUAUACCGUGCAAGGAUGAGAUCAAUGAGGAGUUUGCGGCUCCUCUAACAUCACGUCUUGUGGAAGAUUUCCUUCAGGACAAAGUGAAGGAAGAAAGUAAAGCCAGCUCAUUCUCGGGUGGAAAUCAUCAUGGUCCAGUAGAGGCUUUGAAGCACAUGUUGUUCAAUCUUCAGACCUUCCAGCAGAACUUUACCGAGGCUCAAACCUCUAAGCAAGUGGAGGAGUUUCAGAAAGUUUAUACAGAAGCAGAAUCGGAAAUCCAGCGUGUGGACCAAGAGGCGUUUCCUGUAAAUAAGUCUCUUCAGAAAGCUUUGCAACAUUUGUCAAGACUGAAGGAGCUGGUAGGAGACGGCACUACAAAACAGGACUAAGAAGACUGCAGAAAUAUAAACACAGAAUUGGCUGACAGGCUAAGCGAUUGCUAUGAAUGAAUAGGGAGUGUACAGAAACCCUGACAGACAUCUAAUGUUGCGUAUUCAGCUUUGCCCUCACAGCAUGUAACUGUGUUGCUGAAGUGAACCGACUAGAUUGUAAACUCAGAAUAAAUGGGCUUCAUGUUAUCUGACCCUAGAUCUACUCGCUGCUGUCCCCAGUGCAAUGCAGAUCUGUACCCUGGCUACAGUGCAUCUGUUCAGUCCUCCACUCCCAUUAUAGAAUGUGAGCCUAAUAACUGGCAGGGCACUAAUGUGUGAAGCACGCAUCUCUGAUCAUAUUAAUCUCUCCAAUGUGUUUAUUUUUUUUUAUUUUUUAUAUAUAUUUAUUGCAACUUAAUGUUUCUUAUCAGAUGUUGAACAUUGGUAUAUAUUUUGUAUGUAUAAAUCUACAUAUUUUAACACUUAAUGCA